CUUCCUUCACGUUUCCGUUUAACGCUUCGCAGACCCGGUGUUUAAAGCCUGUCCCCGCGACUGCUGGAUCCUGACGUGAGGAGGUUGGGUGGGUUUCGGGCUCCAGCGCAGGCGCAGAGAGCCCGCAGGUCGCGAGACAAAGGGUGACGCCGGGAGCCGUCGAGAUGGCGGCGGAGCCGGGGAGUGCGGGCCGGUCGAGCCCAGCGCCCCCGGAGAAAGAAGCAGCUUCGUCGGACAAACUGGAGGAGCCUGCUGCCAGCCGGGAGUCCCCAGAGGCCGCGGCCUCGCUCCCUGCCCCUGCGGUCCCCGAGGCCUCUCUUCCCGACCCCGCGGCCCCCGCCGCCUCGCCCCCGGCCCCUGCCCAAUUCCCCUCGGUCCCCGGUCCCCCGGGGUCCCGGCCGGGCCCGGAGACGUUCCGCCAGCGCUUCCGGCAGUUCCGCUACCACGAGGCGGCGGGUCCGCGCGAGGCGUUCCGCCAGCUCCGCGAACUCUCCCGCCAGUGGCUGCGGCCCGAGGUCCGAACCAAGGAGCAGAUCGUGGAGAUGCUGGUGCAGGAGCAGCUCAUGGCCAUCCUGCCCGAGGAGGCCCGGGCUCGCCGGCGAGGCCGCCGCGGCGAUGUCCGCAUCACGGGCUGAACGAGGGAGCCCGAGACCCCUCUGGCUGGCGAGCGAGGAGCGGCCUCCGCCCGCCGGCCGCGCAGAGAGAGAGAGAGAAGGAGGAGGAGGAGGAGGAGGCAGCGGCCAUGGUGACCCCGGGACCGCUUUGGGCCUCGCUGUACUUA